GGUGGGGCUGGCAGCGAUUUGGGCCCUGGGCUCCGGAACAUCUGUUAGGAGCCGACCCUCCGCGGGCCGAGCGGUGGCAGUUUUCCUGCCCGCCCUUUGGCUUGGUUCCCGCAGCUGCCUUCGGGCCCCAGGCAACUCAAUGGUACGUGAAGAGAAGAUGGUCCUUAGAAACCGGUUGUCGAAGUCCAGUGAAAAUCCUGAGAAAGACGAAGACCAGAGAAACCUUACAAAUGAGUCCCUAGAGACACGUAGAAAUGGUCGAAUUGACAUAAAGCAGUUGAUAGCAAAGAAGAGACAGCUGGCAGCAGAGGCAGAGGAAUUGAAGCCACUUUUUUUGAAAGAGGUUGGCAGUCACCUUGAUGAUUUUGUGACCAAUCUCAUUGAAAAAUCUGCAUCCUUAGACAAUGGCGGGUGUGCUCUCACAACUUUUUCUAUUCUUGAAGAAAUGAAAAGCAACCACAGAGCUAAAGAUCUGAGAGCACCUCCAGAACAAGGGAAGAUUUUUAUUGCAAGGCGCUCUCUCUUAGAUGAGUUGUUUGAAGUGGACCACAUCAGAACAAUUUAUCACAUGUUUAUUGCCCUCCUCAUCAUCUUCAUCCUCAGCACACUUGUGGUGGAUUACAUUGAUGAAGGGAGGCUGGUGCUUGAGUUCAAUCUCCUGUCUUAUGCUUUUGGCAAGCUUCAGACUGUUGUUUGGACAUGGUCGGCCAUGUUCCUGUCUACACUUUUCAUUCCCUAUUUCCUGUUUCAACACUGGGCCCGUGGCUACAGCAAGAGUUCUCAUCCAUUGAUCCGUUCUCUUGUCCAUGGCUUGCUUUUCAUGGUGUUCCAGCUUGGAAUUCUAGGUUUUGUACCAACAUAUAUUGUCUUAGCAUACACAUUGCCACCAGCUUCCCGGUUCAUUGUUAUCCUUGAACAGAUUCGUUUGGUAAUGAAAGCCCAUUCAUUUGUCAGAGAGAAUGUGCCACGGGUAUUAAGUGCAGCGAAGGAGAAAUCAAGCACAGUUCCAGUACCCACAGUCAACCAGUAUUUGUACUUCCUGUUUGCUCCUACCCUUAUCUACCGUGACAGCUAUCCCAGAACUCCCACUGUAAGAUGGGGUUAUGUUGCUAUGCAGUUUGCACAGGUUUUUGGUUGCCUAUUUUAUGUGUACUACAUCUUUGAGAGACUCUGCGCUCCCUUGUUUCGGAAUAUCAAACAGGAGCCCUUCAGCGCUCGUGUUCUGGUCCUGUGUGUGUUUAACUCCAUCUUGCCAGGUGUGCUGAUACUGUUCCUUUCUUUUUUUGCCUUUUUGCACUGCUGGCUCAACGCCUUUGCUGAGAUGUUACGCUUUGGUGACAGGAUGUUUUAUAAGGAUUGGUGGAACUCCACAUCAUACUCUAACUAUUACAGAACCUGGAAUGUGGUCGUCCAUGACUGGCUGUACUACUAUGCUUACAAGGACCUUCUCUGGUUUUUCUCGAAGAGGUUCAAAUCUGCUGCCAUGUUAGGCGUCUUCGCUCUGUCGGCUGUAGUGCAUGAGUAUGCCCUUGCCGUUUGCCUGAGCUAUUUCUAUCCAGUGCUCUUUGUGCUGUUCAUGUUCUUUGGGAUGGCUUUCAACUUCAUUGUCAAUGACAGUCGGAAAAGGCCAGUUUGGAACAUUAUGGUGUGGGCUUCCCUUUUCUUGGGCCACGGAGUCAUUCUGUGCUUUUAUUCUCAAGAAUGGUAUGCACGUCAGCACUGUCCUCUGAAGAAUCCCACAUUUCUGGAUUAUGUCCGGCCACGCUCCUGGACCUGUCGCUAUGUGUUUUAGAAGCUUGGACUUGGUCCCUUUCCUUGCCACUGAAGAAUGGAGCCAGCUGUCUCCUGCUGUUACUUAAAUUAUCUGCACUCUUUGGACCAUGCUAGUCUUUCCAGAUUUUCACUACCUUCCUAGUAGCUCACCUGGACCUGGUACUGGACUGUUGGAA